CCCUGCCGACUCUAAUUGGAAUAUGUCCAAAAUCCCUCCCUCCCAAUUAGCGACGACGUUUACCAUAAAAUAUCAACAAUAAGAAAACCCAUCUCACUCACGUAGACACAAAACAAUUCGAUUCGAACCCAAAGAAAUGGCUCUCAUCUUCACCUCACACUCUUCUCUCUUCUCCAAAAGCUUCUCCAACCAACUCUCAUUUCCAACCCCAAAAUCCCAAUCUCUAUCUCUCCUCUCUUUCCCCUCACCAAACCCAAACCCUAAGCUCCCCUCACUCCAUCUACGCUCCUCUCUCUCCGACGAUAGCCCCACAGACGGCGACCGUCCGACGAAGAUCACUGAUGAGUGGGGCGAGGAGGCCGCCCCGGAGGCCGAACCCGCAUCCAAAAUCUCCGAAUCGGACCCUCCGCAGAACGAGGAUGAGUGGGGAGGCGGAGGAGAUGAUGUCGUUGAAAUUGGGAAUGGGAGUCCGGCCAAAGCUGAGGCUGAGAUUGAGGAGAAGGUGGAUGGUAAGUUUAGUGAGCUCAAGAGGGCUUUGGCAGACACUGUUUAUGGGACUGAAUUCGGGUUUCGGGCCGGGUCUGAGGUCAGGGCGGAGGUCUUAGAGUUGGUUAACCAGUUGGAAGCGGUCAAUCCAAACCCGGCUCCGACGGCGAAUCCGGGUCUUCUUGAUGGCAACUGGGUUUUGCUGUACACUGCAUCCUCUGAGCUGUUGCCACUUCUAGCUGCAGGUAGUACACCUUUGUUGAAAGUGAGUAAAAUAGGCCAAUCGAUUGACACCAGCAGCUUAACCAUAGUGAACUCAACCACGUUGUCUGGCCCCUUUGCCACUUUCUCUUUCAGUGCAUCCGCUAGCUUUGAAGUUAGAAGCCCUUCAAGAAUUCAGGUUGAAUUCAAGGAAGGCAGCGUUUUGCCUCCAAAGAUAAAGUCAAGUGUUGAUCUCCCGCAAGAAGUGGAUAUCUUUGGGCAGAAAAUCAAUUUAUCACCUGUCCAGCGAACUCUCAAUCCUUUGCAGGAAGCUGUUGCAAGUAUCUCAAGAGCCAUUUCUGGUCAGCCACCAUUUAAGGUUUCCAUUCCAGGAGAGCGGACGAAAUCUUGGCUUCUUAUUACAUAUCUUGAUGAGGAUCUCCGGAUCUCGAGGGGUGAUGGUGGUCUUUUUGUGCUUGCUAGAGAAGGCAGCCCCCUCAUAGUUCAGUAACCUGGUAUGCCGUCGGUGUCAUCCAUACAAGGCAUAUAUAUACAUAUAGACGAAUUUUACUUCGAUGAAAGGAAGAUGAUUGUACAUUUAUCCUUGUAUACUAGAAGUUUUUGAGAUAUGGAAGAUGUAUCCCCUGUUUAUUACCUCCCUUUCUGCAGUACUCAGAGGCCUAGAAUGAAAACCUUUAUUAA